ACCACAGUGCGUUUCAGUGUGCAACGCUGGCUGGUACGAGACAAAAUGGCGCAGAGCACCACUCAGAGCUUCGCAGAAGAUGUCACCAUUGAAGAUCGCGUCGUGAAAUCUACAGUUCAAGACCUCAAGAUUCCGCAUGUCGACUUCGCAGAAUUUCUCAGAAAUGCGUGGAAUGAGGAACCAGACGCGACCGCACUGGUUGAUGCACCUACCGGACAACGCUACAGUGGUAGACAGCUCCUAGAGAACUGCGAGCGCAUCGCGGCUGGAUUCCAAGCUCUUGGCCUGGAACGUGGAGACACGGUAGCAUUUGCAUCCGCGAACAGCGUCGACCUGGUAAUGGCGUUCAUCGCAGCCGUCUUCGCUGGUGCGAAGAUUACCUGCGUGAAGACGGUGUUCAACGAGAGAGAAAUGACGCGAGUCCUGAAGAUUACGAAACCCAGUGUCGUCUACUGCGAGAUGGAAAGCGCUGAGAAAAUUCAAGAAGUGUGCCAGAAUAUCCCCUCCGUCAAGGCUUUGGUGGCAGCUGGCGAACGCGAGGGCAUGGCGAACAUGGCAACGCUGAAAAAAACGCCCCGGAAUGCCUUCAAGCGUCCAGCUCCCGCUGACCCAGAGGACGUGGUCAUAGUGUUCCACUCCAGUGGGUCUACUGGCUUGCCCAAGGCUGGCCUCAUUAGCCACCGCAACAUCAUCGCAGAACUUGUGACUUUCGGUUACAAGAACGAAGGAUUCAGCAAGGGUGACAUAUUCCUGUGCUACCUGCCACUGAUGCACGCUGCCCCAAUGUGGCUUCUUUUCACAAUGCUGACCCAUCAUGUUCAAGUUGUGCUCGUGUCAGCGAAGGACCUGGCCCAAGUGCUUAUGCCCAUUCCAAAAUACAAGGUGACCACACUGGUACUGUACCCGACGCACGGCCUGCACAUCGUUCAGCGGGGUCUUCCGCCCCCUCUAGAUGUGAGCAGCUUGCGGGCGGUGUUCAUCGCCGGAAGUUCGAUCCCACAGCAGGUGCUCAGGCAACUCGGCGAAUUAUUCCGAGGUUGUCUCAUCAUUCACGGUUAUGGCCUGACGGAAGCUUGCUGUGCCAUUGCCCACACCCGAGGACAAUGCCAUGACUUCAAGACAGCAGGAAUUCCCAUGCCUCAUGUCAACAUUAAGGUGGUGGACAUCGACACUGGAAAGAAGCUCGGUCCAGAGGAAUGCGGUGAAAUCUGCGUCAAGGGACCGACCUGCUUCAAAGGUUACCUUGAUGCACCUGAGGCUACCGCCCAUGUCUUCGACGAUGAAGGAUACGUGAGAACGGGUGACACGGGCUAUUACACAUCGCGCGGAGAGCUUUACGUGCUGGACCGGAUCAAGGAGAUUAUCAGGUGCAUGGACCAGCAGGUGGCCCCCGCAGAGCUUGAGGAGCUGCUGCAGGAGCACCCAGACGUGAUGCAGGCUGCCGUCGCUGGUGUACCGCACCCUGAGUACCUCGAAGCGGCCAGAGCGUUCGUGGUGCUCGAUGGAGGACGGCGCCCUGCGACGGAAGAAGAAAAAGAAACCAAGAAGGAAGCUCUGGUCAAUUACAUCAAAGGUCUGGUAGCGCCGCAUAAGCAGCUCCAUGGUGGGAUUGAAUUCGUCGACGCCAUACCGCAGACCGAGACGGGAAAGCCACACCGACGCCAGCUGAGAGAUGAAUACCUGCAGCGGGAGGGAGCUAAAACCGCUUCGUGAACUCUCUGUGCAGCGGGAAGGUGGCUGAACGAGCCAUACAAUUACUAUAAGCUGUCCUUGCAUCAAUUUUAAGUUUUUCAUGAAUUCAGCUAUAUUAUAUGCAUCGCAACGCAACCUGUUUACGAAUAAUCAACACCUCGUCCUAUUUUUGAAUUACGUGUCUGCACAAAACGGUUCAUGUUAUAUGAUGUGCCGCAUCGAUAUUCAGGCGGCAACAAUUUACGCGAAUGCCACUUGAGACUGCGACUGUACGAUUUGGGAUGUCUCUGCAGCAAAUGGAUGCACCAGGAACAGGGUGAGGUUGGGUGUUUUGUUCGAGCAAGCCAUCGAAUGACGGUUCCAGAAAUUUACACAAAAACAGAAUUGUCGCAAGCGCUUUAAAUCAGACAUUGUUACUCAUGCUUCAUUAAAGUUAAAAACUAACAAAGUGGUGACAACAUUGGCAAGCUAAUACAUCCGAGCUCUUUUUCAAGCAAGGUAAUUGAGGUUUGAGCGAAGCAUGCUUCCGCUUUUCUCGUUUUUAGCUUUCGCUUCUUCCCGGACCCGGCUGUACACGUGUUGUGUGACAUACCUUAUUUAAGGCAUGGUUUUUCGCAAUAAAUCUGAGUUAGCAGUAAGCGGUCGUCCCGGGUCCUCAUUCUUUUAAUCUCUCGUUUAUUUCACACUGCUCAUUAGAUAUGUGCUCGCAAAAACCGCAAGC